AUGGCGCAAGGUCCAGCCAAGAAGCCAAAGGCACCAGCCGUAAAAACCACGCAGCGCAAGCAGACCGGAAACCGUGUAAUCAAACCGAAAAAGGCCGUCCUGAUCAAGCAGAAUACGAUGAAGAAGGCGCAUUCCAGUGGUCUGGCAGCCCUGACCGAGAAGUCUCUGGCCAAUAAAGCGGGACAUUUGGAGCUUUUGAAGGGCGGCAAGAGGGAGAAGCGGGUCGCGAUGAAGGAGGCGGCAGAGAAACUAGCGAAGAAGAAGUGA